AUGCUUAGCAACAUAAGGGCUUUUCGAGUUCCAGACAUAACUAUCAGGCGAUACGUUCUUGAUGCCAGCACGAAGAGGUAUGGCCGCGACGAGAAGGGAGAGGUUCUGUUGCUGGACGCAGAUGCAGAGCUCCAUGUUAAAAUCCGGCGAGACUCAGAGCUCAUGGACAUCAUCGUCCCAUUAUCAGAACGCUUCGCAGAACGCUUUGAUUUGGGAAACGCCAGUCGCGAACUUCUUGUGAAAGUCCUCACAACGGAGAAAGUGGAGCAAUUCAUUGAAGGACUCGAAAGAGCAGGUAUCAAGACCGAUCCGACCGCCGUCGUCGAAGUCGUGGCUGAAGACGACCCGGCCGAAGAUUCCGAUGACGUUACCCUUGCUGAAGAUCCCAACGACAGCCUCGGAUUGGCCUUCCAACAAUUGCAGAUCGGCAAUGAGAGGAGUGGUAGUGGUGCGGACGAAGAAUCCUGGGGAUCACAACCCCGCGGGCCAUCACAAAGGCCCAGCUCACAGAGACGACAAUUACGAAAUGAGGCAGCAGUCUCCUCCCCGUUCUCAUUGAAAAGACGGUUGAACCAGGCUGCCUCCAGUGAGGCAAGAUCCGAUGGGAUUGCCACAGACGGGGAGACUGCUCCAGACGAGUAUAUUGCGCGCUUGACCGCAAGCCUGAGUAAGGCAAAGCUGUCUGACACGACUCAUGAUGUCUUCCGCGACCGGCUUGCACCUCCCCAUGCUCCUUCGGGAGCAGAGCCCAGCCAAUCUUCAGUGCCCGUCUUCGGCAUGGCUACCGGCUUCGAAUUCACUUUCAACUCACCUUCUCCCCAGCCUCGGGUGACCAAGCCAGAUGCCGACAUGAGCAGUUCAUUGGGGGCAAAUACGUCGGCAACGUCGCGCGUCAUUGUCGACAACUCGUCAGAGGCCCAGGCAGACUUGGACGCGCCACAAUCCUCUCCGAACCAUGUACACGGGGCAUUGGAAACCCCAACCAAGGCGUUUCGACAGUCGAAUCAUCCCUGGUCGUCUGGACGGCGUCACAGGAGCAGCUAUGGUGGAAGCAGCUUUGUCGCUCAGCAAUCGCCUGAAGACAUGCCACAUGAGAUUGGAUUUGCGGGAGAACACCUGGUUUACAAGUUUCUGGAAGACAAGCUGUCACCACUUUUCACGCCCGAGAACUGGACCAGUCGAGCUCGAACUAAAGCCUUUCCAAAUCCAUUCAGCGAUGACUUUCGCGAGAAGGACUUUGCCGAUUUCACCUACGUCGACACCGACGGACGCAUGCGCAUGUAUCUGAGCGAACACGUCCCGAACUUUGAGAGUCCCACUGGUCAGGGGAACAUCACCUACCACUUGGAAGUCAAAUCUAGCCUGGGCGGCCUGCACACGCCGGCCCUCUUGAGUAAUAACCAGAUCUCCAUGGCGAAGAAAUGGUCUGGGAGAUUCUCCACCCCGGCCACCCAAACCGACGUGUACAUCCUGGUGAGAGUCUACGGGCUCGGGUCGGAUCCUCCUCAACCGCAGUUGUGUCUUUUCCCUGAUCCUUGGAAUCUUAUCUGCCAGGAUUCUCUGCUUAUCGAAGGCGAAGCGGGGAUUUAUGUACGACCGAAAGUCGGGAAUUAG